CCGGCGCAUGCUCAGCAGGGCGCUAGGAGCAGCGGGCAGGACAUGAGCCGGGACUCACACAGCGCUCUGACCCAGGAAAUCCGCCUCAAGCGAGGCGCUUCAGGGUUGGGAUUCAAUAUUAUUGGAGGAACUGACCACCAGCACUUCUGUAACGAUUCUGCAAUUUAUGUUACCAAAAUUAAAAAAGAUGGACCUGCAGGUCUUGAUGGGCGUUUAAAGGAGCAAGACCAAAUCUUAGCAAUAAAUGGGCGAGAGCUCCGUAACUUGACACACCAGGAAGCAGUGGAAAUCUUUCGAAAUUCAGGUGAUGAGGUGACACUACUCGUCUUAAAAAAGCUAAAACCCAAGAAUAAUGAAAUCCACAUCUCUGGUUUCUCACCACUAGUAUUGACAGCGCUGGGCAUAACGGUGUUGGCAAUUGUUGUAUACAUGAAAUAUCGUCAUAGAUUAUAAAAAUGAAAGUAAAACUGAUGCCUUUUACUCUAGGGCAAUAAUGUUUAAUACGCAAUAUUUGCUGCUUGAAUGGCUAGCUAGAUUUUAACUUUCACAAUUGUUAAUUAUUAUAGGAUCAUAAAGGGAAUACAUACCGAAUGCCUGAGUCAUUUAUAAACAGCAAAUAAGUUGCCAGUUUACUUCUUUGCAACUUCUUCCUCUUAUUUCUUGGAUGUAAUUUAAUUUUUGCAAGAAACGAUUUAAAAAUCUCCCAUAAGUUUAAGACGUAAAUACAAAUGGCAGUGUAACCUAAGUACUUGAAAUUUUUGUAAAGACUUUGUUACUUGAUGGAAGAUUCUGUAGCAGUAAUCAAUUUCUCAGUGAGCUGAUUUGAAAAGUUAAGUUAAUAUUCUGGAAAAUUCAAAAACUGCAUGUGUGAUCUCUUAUACACUGGAGUGGAUAGUGUUUAGAAUCCAGAUUAAUGAUUUACAUUCAGACUGUUAAUGUCUAACAACAGUUACUUUUGUAAGUAGUGUCCACAAACAGAUGAGAAGUCUGUUGGAAAAUGUAAUACCUGCAUUAUUUUGUGUUGGGAUGAUAUCUCAUUUUUUGAAAUGUGAUUGAACUAUUUUAAAACUUAUAAUAAGUAUGAACCAAUAAUGAUAUAGUAUUUGUCUUAGCAAAUUUCAGUAGUCGUUACAAAAGUGUACAAUCAAAGACAAUGUUGUAAUUUUUUAACUAGGCUUUUUUAGACAAAGCACAUGAAAAUGUGGCCUUGAUUAUUGACAAAUGUGAGUAUGCGAAUUUACAGAACACUAUGUUGAUUUGUUUUCUGUCAUUCUUAAUUUUCACUAUAGAAUUUGUAUUGAAAUCAAAUAAUCUUUGCAGUUUUUGGUACUAUAAGUGUCUUAACUAAUUGGCAAGUUUUAAUCGGUUCUGUUGUGGAGUGGGAUACUUUUAACUUGGUUAAUUCCCUUAGAAGAGCUUUUCAACCUUUCUGUACUAUAUUAGCGUUAUUGCCUUAGUAGUUUACUUUACAAUGCUGUAAUAACCUCAAAAUCAGCGAUUUAAAUACUAGAGUUGUAACAGAAGAACUGUUCAGAGCUUACUUGAUGAAAGCCGGUUAAAAACUUGCCUUCAAAGUUGUAUGGCUUUAAAAAUGGUUAUUGCAGACUAAUGUCAGAUUCUUAAAGACCCACCUUAUGUCCUAUUUCAUAUUUCAGUUAGACACAUUACACACAGGUGUUGGACAAAACCCUAGGAAACUAAUUCUGCAUAUAAACAUGAAAAUUCCCUGCCUAAAAUAGUUCUGUGCCUCUUUCUGCGUAUAAAUUUAGCAUAUUUUCUGCUGGCAGCUAUUUAUGUUUGUAGUGCUUAAAAUGAUUACUCUGGUGCAGGGCCUUUGGCUGCUGGAUAUACUUCAUGUCAAAUUUUGCUGUAGACUAUACAAUUGUUGACCCUGCUUGAGUCACACCACUUCAGCUGGCUGGUCACCAAGCAAUGGUGAAGACUGUGGAUAAGUCUUUGGGGCUUAGUGACCUACUGUUCCAGUUGGAAGAAACUAUGAAGCUUGUCACCAACUGGUUGAAUAAUGGAACUUUAUUUGCCAAAACCCUUGCCAAAUGCUAUCACUCUUUUUGAAUAUACUGCGUAAUUGGUGAAUAAUAGUGUCAGUCCUGUGUCUGCAGGUGUCCCCCAACGAUAAUGUGACUCCUGUUGAGACUGCCUGUGGCCCGCAAAAAUGAUGUGCAUUUUCUCUGUUUAAUGUUUAAAUGCCACUCUUGACAGUGUACUAAUCAUUCAUUAGAAGUUUAUUUGGGAAAAACAAAUAUCUACUUUGUGGCAAGUAACUGACAAACAGUCUCAGUGGAAGUAUACGCACUUUCCCUUUCCUAUUGGAGAUUCAGCAGUCCUUAAAGGGAAUGAAAUAGGUAAUAUGCUUUGCUUUGAGCACUGUUUACCUCAAGCAAGCUUAUCUGAAAAUAGGCAAAACUGACUUUAGCUUUGGUUUGCCUCUUAAUGGUAAAUUCAUAGGUAUUGGUACACUGAAAUAUCAAUGCCUUUCUAGCAUACAUUGAUUUGAGAUGAUUAGGGACAAGAGAGCCUUCAAUCUAAUUUAUUUUUUGUGUUUUUUCAGCUGAAGCCUGUUUUAUAACAAUCUAUUUUAAAAUAAUUUGUAGGAAUUUGUAAUUGUUGUUCAAAUUCAGAAAUCUCCUUUAAUGUAUGUUUUCAAAAUCAAAUAUUGUACCAUAUAUUUAACUGGGACUGUGCUUUUAUAGUGUAUGUUUAUGCUUUAACCCAAUUCUGGUUGACAUGCUAGAACCAUGGCACCUAGAGAGAUUUCUGGGAUUGUAUAUAUUAGGCCAAUAGACUGUACAUUUCUUUGGGUAAUGAGAGGAAGUUCAAGCCAUUUCCUCAUCUCUAUAUUCAAUUCAUGUGGUUUGAAUAGCAAAUCAAACAGCAAAGCUUCACUUCUUAUAUUUAAAGAAAACGUCUUAAUUUUCAGUGGCUAUCUUACAGAUAAAGUUCUUUGAGUGUCAAGGACUUUUCCAGAAACAUUUUCAAAUUCCAUUCUGCAUAUUCUUGUGUGCUGCUCAUACUUUACUGAAGGAGCACUUCAACAUGAAGCAUAUCUUGGCUGUAAGUAGGGUCCCAUCUACAGAAACCCCGAUUGUAAAUUCAAAUUAACAUUUGAGGUGUUAGUAAGUGACUCCCUCUGUUGUCGACUUUGAACUUUCAGAUCCUGUUGUAAAAUUCUGAACCUUGAUCUAAUUAAAAUGUCUUAACAUCUAGCCGAACUAUUCCCUCCUCUGGUACAAAAUCUUUUAUUGUUGGCAAACUACUAAAUAGCAAAUGCUGAAGGCAGGGAUUUUUAUGUACUACACAGAGUUAUUGAACUUUUAGCUCCAGUAAACAUGAGACACUAAACAUUAUGAUUUCAGUAAAUCCCUCAUAAUUACUAUUAUCUUUGUAGCUUGUUCUUGAUCCAUUUUAUUAUGUAAGGUUCUGCCAUUUUCACUGUAGCAUACAACUUGCUUGUAACCUGUAGGGCCUUUGGUGUUCAAGAAUUGUUCUAAGGAUAAAGAUGAUGUUUCAUUUGCAAACAUUAAAUCAAUAAUUGAAUUUGGAAAAUAAACGUGUAAGUCUGCCAUUAAAUUAAUACAGCUCACAAGAAAAUCCAUAAUUGAUCUGGUAAAAAUAUUUAAAACUGAUAAUGAUACUUUUCAUGUAAAUAUCAUUGAAAAGAGGUGUUUAAUCAUCAGUUUAAUUCUUAAUUUUCAAGGGAUUAGCAAUAACUACAUGGACAACAAUUUGUGUUUUACGACUGUUCCUUCCAAUAUCGUGCUAAUAUACGUCAGUGCAUAAUCUUCAUUUGGUGCAACAAAGCAUUGGUAAAUUUAUCUCAAAUGUAGUCUUUUCUUACGUGCUACCUUGGUAUCUAUAUAUGUUAACUGUGCUAAAAAUGUUUUCCUAUAUCCAGUGCCUAGAGUGGGACAGAUGCCAAAUGUGUCCUUUUUAAUAAUGAUGAAAUUUCUGUUCAAUGAUAUUUUAAUAUCUGUUUCAACAUAACAUAACCCUUUCUAUGAAGAUGAAAAUAAACUGCCGCAACUGACCAUUUUAAUUGGUGUGCAAUCAAUGGUCAUUUCAAUCCUACAAUUUCAUUUUUAUAUGUAUAAUUUAGUUGGCCUGAAAUGCUGCUAAUUAACUUUUAAAAUUGUAUGAUGGUUCAAAAAUAUGGUCUUUUAUGACUCGACUAUUGUUAAUGUGUGUGUCAUGGAGGUCUGACCUGUCAUU